AUGUCGGACUUUGGAGACGAAAUGGAAGUGGAUGCGCCCACGAACGAUGUGCAAUUCAGCUCUAAAAAUGCCAAUGGAAAGAAGAGGACGGCCGCCGAUCUUCCUGUCGAAGCUCAGGACAAUUUACCAUGGGUAGAAAAAUACCGCCCCAAUAGUCUGGACGAUGUCUCCGGUCAUCAAGACAUUCUUGCAACAAUCAAUCGAUUCGUCGAAGCCAACCGAUUACCCCAUCUUCUUCUCUAUGGGCCCCCGGGCACCGGAAAGACCUCCACGAUUCUUGCUCUCGCACGGCGCAUCUAUGGCACCAAGAAUAUGAAGCAGAUGGUGUUGGAGCUCAAUGCGAGUGAUGACCGUGGUAUAGAUGUCGUCCGAGAACAGAUCAAAACCUUUGCUAGUACCAAACAAAUAUUUUCGAUGGCUCCUCAAUCCGCAGACAACGCAUCUCUAGCCGGAUUCAAAUUGAUUAUUCUGGACGAGGCAGAUGCCAUGACAGCUACCGCACAAAUGGCUCUUCGACGGAUCAUGGAACGCUAUACGGCCAAUACACGAUUUUGUAUCAUUGCCAACUAUACACACAAGCUCUCCCCGGCGCUCCUGUCCCGGUGUACUCGAUUCCGAUUUAGCCCUCUGAAGGAAGCGGACAUCCGCGUGCUUGUCGACAUGGUGAUUGAGAAAGAAAAGGUUCGCAUCCAGCCCGAGGCGGUGGAGAGCCUGGUUACUCUCAGCAAGGGUGACAUGCGACGGGCGUUGAAUGUCCUCCAGGCUUGUCAUGCAAGCAGUAUUCCUUUACCAUUACGGAAUGCGCCUGACGCACCGCUCGCCGAACCCGAAACCAUCACCAACGCGACUAUUUACGACUGUAUUGCGGCCCCUCAUCCCUCCGAUAUCCAAGAAAUCAUGACCACCAUUCUAUCCACCAGCGACGUUACCUCUUGUCUUAACACUGUCAACACCCUCAAAUCCACCAAAGGUUUGGCGUUGGCAGAUAUUCUCUCCGCUUUGGCAGACCAAUUGCAGCAAUUAGAAGUCCCCGCUCAGACCCGGAUUACAUGGCUCGAAGGUCUCGCCGAAAUCGAAUGGCGAUUGUCGGGAGGAGGCUCCGAGACAAUGCAGACCGGCGGGAUGGUGGGCGUUGUCCGCAAUGGUUGUGAAUUAAUGGGAGAUAAGGCGGUGGCGUUAACAUAA